UUGCUUGUCAUUAAGUGAAUUGUGAUAAAUGUGUUUGGUAUAUUUUGAGUCCUUAGAGAUGGGAAUUAUAACCAUAGAAGAGGCUAUCACAUUUAAAAUUGCCACAAAUGUUUACAAAGUCAGACAGCUUAUGAUACUUACAACCAAGAAGAGUAAACAACUGAAACUCCUACAUUGUAGUGUACAGUCUUACCAAGUGACUCAAAUCUAUCCAAUGCAAUUAAGUCAUUAUCAUUAUAAAAUAGAGGGAAAAAUUGCUAAAUGCUGAUUGGCUGAGAUAGAGGGAAUUAACUUCAUUAACAACCAUUAAUUUUGGUUAUUACCCUGGGCAAUUACCAAAACUGAGAAAAGGCUUAACUUUGCCUAAAGUAUUAUAACUUCAUUCAGGUCUUGAAACUAACUUUUCAACUUACUAGCCAAGUGGCUAGUUACAACUUAGAUGUAACAACAAUUUCUGUUUGUUUACUAGCCAAACCGGCUAGUGGAAAUCAAUAACCACUAGCCUAAACUAAAUUGUGCUAGUCUGUGGCUAGUUGGCUACCAUAAGUGUCAAGCCCUGAUCAUUGAUGGUUUCUUUGCUUUGGCAUUGAUAUACCAAAAUUGAAUUUUUUUCAGCUGAUUUGUCGAUGUAAACAGUUCACUGACACUAAAUGAACACUGAAAUGCCAACAGUGUACAUUUUUUACCUUGAGAGAAAAUGAUAUUUCCCUUUGUGUUGAAAACUAGUAAUUGCUUUCUUUCCUAGUAAAAUCAAGGAUUACUAUCACUCGUGUUUUGGGGAGUUGCAGAAAUUGCCAAUGUAACUGUGGGCCUCUGACUAUUUUUGAAAUGUCUGAAAACAUGAUAUUUAAAUCCUUAAUUUUACUCAGCCUCAUGCCAUUACCUAAAAUUAUUGUUGUGGCUUAGCAAUAGUUUUCUUUGCAGGUGAGGUAAGAUCAGUGCUUGAUGAGAUGGAACAUGUACUCGCUGCACCAACAACAGCUGGCCUAAGACCAUCUCCCCAUAAUACAACAAUACAGGAGCUAAAAGAGCAAGUAAAAGAGAGAGAUGAAAAAAUAAUGCAGCUGAAACAUGUAAUCCAACAAGUUCAGACAGUGUUUGACGAGAAAUUGCAGCAAAUAGAAAGAGCAGCCAGAGAGAACUGUGCCCGUCACCAACAGCCAGAGAGACGUAGUUGGAUCGUUCAACGUCAUGAAGUAGAAGUUGACCACAACCAGAUUUUAGGGAGGGGAUCCUGGGGAACAGUUUUCAAAGGGUGGUUCCGCGGCGCCCCGGUUGCUGUAAAAGAACUUCACCGCAUCAUCAUCUCUGAUCAUAAUCGCAUUCUCUUUCACCGAGAAAUGGAGCUUGCUUCGCGGCUUCGACACAAGAAUUUGGUACAAUUUAUGGCGGCGAUAGUCGAAGAUGGAGACCCAUCAAUAGUCACAGAAUUUGCUAAUUAUGGUACUCUGGCAAGAAUUUUACAACGGCGCACAUUGCCAUUUGCUGAAGUGUUAUCCAUUGCCUCUGAUGUGGGGCAAGGAAUUCUCUACCUACACAGUGUACGUCCGGACCCAAUUCUUCAUCGGGACAUCAAAUCCGAAAACGUGCUCGUCUAUGAAGUAGGGCUGCCCAUGGCAAGAAUUGCCAAGGUUUCUGACUUUGGUUCCGCAAAUUUUAUGCGAAGCAUCAUGACACCUAACCAAGGAACACCUUUGUACUCUGCUCCCGAGACGCGAACACAAGAGUACACAACAAAAGCAGAUGUGUAUAGUUUUGGGAUCGUGGUGUUAGAGAUGAGCAUCAGAGAGUUGCCAGUUCCUCAAGAACAUCCAAGACAACUAGGAAAGGUGGUUGAUGACUUCCUACGACAACUUAUAAGAGAAUGCAUCCAACCAAACCCCGACGAACGGCCCGAUAUGCAAAGAGUGGUUGCCGAGCUUGAACAACGUAAGGCUGAAAUUGCAGCUAUGAAUUAAGGUCACCCGACCUGCAGACUCGAGAGAGUAAGAAUAUCAUAAAGGUUCCCAGUUGCUCUGUAUAUAGCUACUCCGUGAAAUCUGGAAACAGUAGAUGAUGAUGCUGUUUCUGAACGAACAGUGUGCUUGCUUAAAUAGUUAUCACUAAACUCAAGUUUUCAGCUGGGCCCAGUUGUUCGAAGGUCGAUUAGCACUAAACUGCGGUUAAAUUUGAAUCCGAGCUUCUUUUCCUUUUGUUCAAAAGCAUUUUCUCAGAUAAUUUCUCGACUCUUCUGAGAGCACUCAAUCAUCAAACUGUAGACAGAAUGAUAUAAACUGAGUUUGCUUUUUAAGCUUACAGAUAUGAACUCAAGUUUCACACUAACUCAGCUUUGAAGAACUCAGCCCGGGUUAAUGGCAGCUAAUAAUAAAAACCCAAAAACAAAAACCGAACAAAAAAAUAUGGUACGAAGAGACGUCAAGGCUAGCUCGUAGUUAGUUCUCGAAAAACGUUAAUGGCGGGUAUAAUAGGCUUUAGG